UAGCCGAGCACAUUUGUUAUUGUUUUGCUGAAGGCAUGUAGGUCAGAACUCCCCAAAUUAAUCUCUAUUUUGAUAAAUCUACGACUACUACUAAACAAAAAAUGUGUGAGAUCAAUAGAUGAACUAUUCAUAAGUCACCCUAACUCGAACCAAACGAUCAGAACUGUGAAUUUCAGCCAAGUUUCCAUCCGAUUUGGAGCCCUGAUUCGACGGCGAGUCUGGUCCUCGACUUGGACCACUCGAUCAGCUGUCUUUGUUCCAUUUCGCCUCGGAUAAUUUGGAGGAAAUGGACUUUAUGUUUGAUUGGGAGGCCGAGGGGGAUAGAUUUUCCUUCGAAGACAGUGACAGAUUUGAAGAAGAUUCGUUAUGUUCGUGGAUAAGUGAGCCAGAGAGUUUGUGCAACAACUGGCGAGGCUGGCGUAAAAAUGGAGGUCCACAAGGUCACUUGGGUUCGAUUUCCAAAGGAGAAGGGAAGAUUACCUCCUUGACAGAAUUAGCUGCCCAAGCUGUGGCUUGCCACUUACCAUUUGAAGUUGUUGAGCAUUUCCACACUCCAAUACCAGAACAGCUUCAGCUGCGCAUUGCCUUCUGGAGUUUCCCAGAGAAUGAAGAAGAUAUCAGAUUGUACUCGUGUUUGGCAAAUGGUAGUGCAGAUGAAUUCCAGAAGGGGGAGCACUUGUAUAAAGCCAAGGCAGUUCGGGACGUCCUUCAGAUUGGUUUCCAUCUGAGUGCGACAGUGAUUCCACCCCAGACUCUUGCCCAGGCCAAGGGAUCCUUCAACGUGGCGGUAGUGUUUGACCGGCGGAGAAUCACAUCUUGUAACUGUACGUGUAGCAGUACUGCUUCUUGGUGUGCCCAUGUCGUGGCACUGUGCCUCUACAGAAUUCAUCAGGCCCUACAUGUUUGUCUGCGAGCUCCAGUCUCCGAGUCCCUGUCACGUCUUCAUCGCGAUCAACUGCAGAAGUUUGCUCAGUACCUGAUCAGUGAACUGCCUCAACAGAUUCUGCCUACUGCUCAAAGAUUACUCGACGAGUUGCUGUCCUCGCAGCAGAAUGCCAUUAACACAGUGUGUGGGGCUCCGGAUCCUACCGCUGGUCCGUCUGCUAGCGAACAGACCACAUGGUGUCUCGAUGAAUCUACCCUCCAUGAAAACAUCAAGAAAACACUCAUCAAGUUCUGCGUUCCUUCACCUAUUGUUUUUAGCGAUGUGAAUUACCUGUCAUCAACAGCGCCCCCUGCUGCUGCAGAAUGGCAAAGUCUUCUACGUCCCCUGCGAGGGAGGGAGCCGGAGGGCAUGUGGAACUUGCUGUCAAUCAUCAGGGAGAUGUUCCGCCGCCACGAUAGCAAUGCCAUUCCACUUCUAGAAAUACUCACUGACGAGGCACUUGCUUGUGAACAGCUCCUGACCUGGUGGUUCUCCACAAAGAUCUCAUCUGCUCACAACAGUACCAACAGCCAUGGAAGGAAUGGAGCAAACAAUGCGUCAAAUGCUUCGCAACAUGCUGCGUCUAGUCUUGGUGACGAGAUCGUAAUGCUUUGGAGACUCGCAGCACUCAAUCCAACACUUUCGCCAAUCCAACGGGACGAUCUAAGCACCCAGUUCAAAGACUGGCACAUAAAGUCUAUAGACAAAGUACGGAAAGCUCGUACCUCUAAUCUACCCGGCGGUGGAACUACGAUUAAGAAAUCUGACAUUGAGUUAUUCCCCGGGUUUAAGCCCAGCAUCGAGGCUUGUUCGCUGACGUGGGAUGAUUAUGUCAUUGCUGGAAUAACGUAUGUUGAGAAAGAGAAGCCAUGGCGCCUCCAUGUCCAUCUGUCGUGUAGUAAAGCUCAGGAAACAGAGUGUCGCAAACACAAAGCGCAAGUCUCGAAUGUGCAGGGCGUGGACUGUUCAGCGAUGGCAGUCGCACACCGGCUUGCCAGUGAACAUGGCCGGAAGCUAACUCAGGUGAACUCAAUAGACACACAAACUGACGGAGCGCUCAGUUCAAGUUCUGAGGGAUUCUGUGAAAACUUUAGGGAGUAUUCUAAGUUGGAGCCACCGUCGUUACGUCGGGAUUCUGAUUCUAGUUACGCUGAUGAACCAGCGCAGGAUAAAUCUAAGUCACAUAAACAUAAAGACCGUAACGCCGAUCAUGGGGUAGAGGAUUUACAAACUGGCGGCAUGGCCACGGGCGCUGUCCUGAUUGGUCCAUUACCAGCAUGUGAUGCUCGUGUUGUCGACGGUAGCGACCUUCCUAAACGUCACGUGGAUGACAACGAUUCUGACGGAUCAUUACCUGAUGGCGCUGUCGCUGCUGCUAGUAACUUUCCGACUCCUCCACAAGUUGGUGCUUCUGGUUCUAGUAAGAAGCCCAAGCCCCCUCUUGUUGGUGAGCAUUCAUUCUCUGAUGCGCAGCAGUCUAGUGAUGAGUACCAAGUGUAUUUUUACGACACAAAGGCCAAGCUGGGAGAUUCAGACAAGAAGAAAAAGUCGGAUGAACCGAACUACUUUGCUGGGCUGAAGAAGUUUGAGAAUAAACAAGACACUUUGUUUGCUCGAGCAGAAGCACUCCAUGCGCAUGGAUACACUAAAGAGGCUUGUAAACUUGCUAAGCAACUGGCGGAGGAGAUGUUAGCCAACCCACCUGAUCUUACUGCUGAGCCAGUACAGCACACUGGAAAGGGAAAGAAGAAGAAGAGUCAGAAUAACACUAGUUCAUUUGCGAUUACAACGCUCGCCAAGGCGGCCUUCCUCUGUAACGUUCUGUUAGAGGACGCCGAGUGUCAUCAUCUAGCGUUCAAGGUUGGCAUGUUCGGUCUGGAGAUGCCGAGGCAGCCCGCUUCAAGUAAGGCGCUGGAGGUGAAACUUGCCAACCAGGAGUCUGAACUGGCUGCUCUGCUGAAGAAGAUACCACUCGGCCCGGCAGAGUUGAAUGUCAUCAGAGACAGAGCUGAGCAACUCAGGGACGGGAAGCUGCGGUUCCGCGGCGAGUCUCUUCUACCGCUGAUGUUAGCUAGUUUUAUAUUUGAUUCAUUAUGUUUACCAGUCAAUCCAGUCAACGGCUCCAACAGCCGGCCACCUAGUCGAUCAGUCCAGUCGACCGCACGGAUGGCAACCGAUGAAAAGCUGGGCUUUGAAGCUGCUUUAGCUGCCUUAGGUUUAAAGGCCAAUGUGUCAGAAGCUGAACACCCACUCUUGUGCGAGGGAACGCGGAGACAGAAAGGGGACCUUGCCUUGGCUAUGUUAUUCCAUUACAAGGAUGACCAAGUCAAACUGGGCAAGGUAGGGAGUAGGCGGCUCUGCAUCAUGGAUAAACUGCUCGACAAAGAAGUGCAUCAGCUGUACAAGACUCCUUCUCUCAAGACGUAUCUGCUCGGCAGUCAGUCGUCCAGCAGCAGUCAUAGCAGCCACACGCAGACGAACACAGCCUCCACCCAGGAGAAAGAAGGCCACAAGGCCCGCACGGAGACGGGUCAGCUCGAUCAUGAGAAUAAUGGUGUCCCGAAAGCUGAGGCCAGUUGUCUGGAUGACCCCUCCCUUGUACCUACAGCUGUCCCAGCUACUGGAAGUUCCUCUAACAGCAUGUGGCAGUCCCUGACCACCGUCUCCAGCAGCAGGCAGAGUCUGGAGUACCUGAAUCUGGAGCAGAAGUUUGCCAGUCUCAACGUUACUGCGAGUAGUGGAGCAAGACCCAAGACGACGGUCACAAGACAUUACAACAGUAACAAGGACACGGAUAGUUCAGCCCUUGAAGAGGAUGGAGAGGGGAGCAGUGACUACAAGGCUUGGGAGGCUAAGUUCAGGUGCACUAACCUCAAGACAAUCAAGAGACCAUCUGUUGGUAUGGCCAGCAUUGACAGCAGUGCCCCGGAGACCACAUCUAGCGACAACUCCCCAACCCUGGUCAGACGGAACUGGGGCAGUAAGCACCAAGGUCCAGGCAGUGACAGUGGAAGCAGUGGCAAGAGCAGUGACUCGUUCGGCUCCAGCAGCUCUGGAGACAAGGGCAAUGCUGCAAAGAUUCGAGACAAUGAAAGUCCAAUCAGUACGUUUGGUGGGUCAGGACGCUAUGCUGCUCCCCAUCUCAUUAUGCCCGAUGCCAGGAAUCCAUCUGCAUGUCUCAAAGUUACAAGACACAAAAACAAGAAUCGUAUGCCGACCAUUCCCAACCAGCCGAGCGAGGCCCUGGCCCACUUCAUGUUCGAACUUGCUAAGACAGUGCUGACCAGGGCCGGUGGGAACAGCUCCACGUCUCUCUUCACUCAGCCUUCCAACAGUAACGCCCCUACGGGGCCUCAUAGGAAUCUGCACCUGUGCGCCUUCCAGAUUGGAUUGUAUGCACUCGGUGUACAUAAUUGUGUUUCACCCAACUGGCUAUCAAGGACGUAUUCAUCCCAUGUCUCGUGGAUUACUGGUCAAGCAAUGGAAAUAGGGAGUGCAUCAAUCAAUAUCUUGAUUGAGACGUGGGAGGGACACCUAACACCGCCGGAGGUUGCCUCACUUGCUGACCGAGCUUCCCGAGGCCGCGACCACAACAUGGUGCGUGCCGCUGCCGAGUUGGCCCUGUCUUGUCUUCCUCAUGCACAGGCACUUAACCCGAAUGAGAUUCAGAGGGCGCUAAUUCAGUGCAAGGAACAGUGCCGGGAGAAGCUGGAGCGUGCGUGUCUCGCUGUGGAGAGUGCAGCUAAAGAUGGUGGCGUGUAUCCUGAAGUUUUGUUCGAUGUUGCGAAACGGUGGUACGAACUGUAUGAAGAGACGGCAACGGCUGUCAGCCAGGCUGCUGGCGGAGCUCAGAAUAAUACUGUCCAUAUCGAGGAGGUUGAAAUGGCGCCACCACAGGCUGUCAUGCCUGUUAUAGAGCAACGGACUAGUCCUCCUGUGUUGCAGAUUGUCCCCUACCAGCAGGCACCGAGUCAGAAUCAGCCCCAAGUUGCGACGUCCAGAGGACAGCCGCAGCAACAGAUUCACAUCCCCUACACCAUUCCCCAACCACCGCCAUCCCACCAAAUCUACCAGUAUAGCUACAUGCAACAGAUUCCGAACUUUGGUCAUCAGUACAGCCAGCCACAUAUCCAAGUCCACACUCACAACAUGCACCCGGCUUAUCUCACCACCUACCCGUAUCAGAAUCAUCCGCAGUUCGGGAACAUGGCGAUCCAGAAUCUGCAUCCAAAUCCUGCAGCCAUGUACCAUCCCAAUGCCGCACAUAUGCGACAACCCUCCGUUCAGGUGUAUGCCAGCCAGAAUAUGAUGCAGGGACGCAACAUGGUUCCAGUGUCGGGUCAGAUGCAGCCAAUGGCUGGGAUGGAGCAGGGUGGCAUGCAACAGGAAGGAGAUGUCCAGCUUCAGCAGGUUAACAUGAAUGCCCAACACCAGCAGGUCGGCCUGCCAUCCGCCCCGCCCCAAACAGCACAGAAUUCCACCCAGAUGAACUACCUGCUAGCGGCGUACAGGGUCGGCAUGUUGGCGAUGGAGACCUUGGCCAGAAGGGUGCACGAUGAUCGGCCACAGACCAAGUAUGCAAGGAGUCCACCGUAUGGGGAGGAUGUCAAGUGGUUGUUGGGAAUAGCUAAGAAAUUAGGCACUAAUUACCUGUCUCAGUUCUGUGCGAGUGCCGUGAACGCCGUAGUGAGUCCAUUCGUCCUUCAGGAUAUCGCCAUCGAGUCAGCGCAGUAUCUGUCACGGCACAAUCCUGUCCAACUCUCCAGCCAUCUGAGGUCACCAAUACUCAGUCCUUUAGUACAGAAAUGUCUACAAAUGUUUAUUCAGUGUAGUCAUCAGCGGAUCAGUCACAUCACUCAAGCUGAGUACGAUGAGUUCGUGAGCAUCAUCUGUAGCGCUAGGAACGCGUUCUGCAGUAUGACGCCCGGAGGAAUGGUCCAGUUUAACGAUUUACUAAUGAACUUACGCAAGUCGAAAUUCUGCAAGAAGGAGUUAUGGCAGAGGAUAGUCAAUGGAUUAGCGACCGUCAACAUAUCUUAAUGAUAGCGUUUUUAGGGAAUUUUAUUUUUCUAGAAUUUCAUUGUUUGGUAGGAUGUUGUCAAGGACUGAAAAAUUAGUCAUCCAGACUUUUGAAUUCAUUCCCAGGUGGGCGGAUGUUGGCGUUCCAGAAUAGUUUGUAAAGACGGGAAAGGGCCUCUCAUGGAAAGUCAAAAGGUCGCAGAUUUAUCGACUCCUUUGUAUAAACACCUUAAAGUUGUAAUGGGACAAUCCAUUCUAAUGCAUUUUGUGUUAGGGAUUGACCCAUUAUGGUUGUAGAGUGGGGGUUUUCCAAUAGAAAACUCAGGUAUUCUGACAGAAAUUUUCAAAAAGUUGAAAAAUGCAGUUUGAAAUUUCUCUUUGAAUAUUCUUAUUUGCCGAAGGAUGGGAAAAAAUGAUAUUUUAUCAAACCAGCAUUAUGUUACCACCUGUCGCAUUUAAGUAUUAUUUCAUAAAUUAUCGGAUGGAAAUAAUGUGUAUAUAUCGGGAGAAAAUGGAAUUAAGGUAUAAAUUACGGCAUGUUCGAUAAAGAAUCGUGCCACACUUUAUAUAACCAAGUAUAGAUUAAUCUAUACUAUUGUAGAUCAAUGCUAUAGAUUAAUACUUUACUUGAAAUCUAUACUUAUAGAUUAGAUUACUCUAUACUUGAUAGAAAUAUUCCUGAAAAAGAAAAUUUGGUAUUUGAGUAAUGGGUCCAAUAAUUGCUCGUGUACAAAGGGGUUAUGAUGAAACAUAGGGUUCAGCUGUUAGAAAGGACAUAUAUGGUCAUUAAGUUGGUGAAAGUAAUAGCUUCUUUACUAAAAGUUAAUAGAAAAAGGCUAAAAUGUAGUGAAAAACCUUUAAAAUUUUCUUCAAAGGUGGGUUUUCAUGCAUCUGGGGCUCAGAAGCUGAGACCACUCCAUCGCUUUUCAGUUCUUUGGCAAGAAAAUAUUGCCGCUGAAGCACAAAAUUCAGUAUCUUCAGUCAGUUUGCAUGGUCUUCAAGAUGAUAAAUUAUUUAUAUAUUCAAAUUACAAAUGUUGAUUACAGUAUUUGGUUGUGUUGAAACAUUUUAAACGAUACUGUCUGAUAUGUCUUUGAAAAAUGCCGACUCUUCUGAUCCAAGAUUGCAGUUCUUUUGAGAGAAGUCCUAAAAAAGGGCUCGGAUUGAUGGGCUUGCUCUAGUUUAAACUGAGCAGGCUAGAAAUGAUUGGUGUUCCUCAUGGGGUGCUUAAAUACUAAUUUCUUCUCACAACCCAUUAAUCCCAGUGAGUGACCUCACUUUCUUCCAUUUCUCCCUUGGUUCGACUAGCCUGGUGGUUUGACUGAGAAAUCUCCUUUGCUGUUGUUAUCUCCAGUGCAAUCAGUAUGAAAAGGCCUCGAGCAAAAACUAGUUCCAAGGUAUAAACUGGUAUGACCUGUGUAAUACAUUUACAUUUUCUUAAGCAUCUGGAGUGUGGUUUGUCGCAAAGGAUCUCCGUUUUGACCCUGGAGUUUGUCUAGUGUAACUUCUGACACGUUUUGUAUCUUGUGUUCAGCAGCAGGGACCAACUCCAGUGUUGAUGUGAGAUGUAUUGAGGUUAGUUCAUAGUGACUGCGCUGUAAAUACCUAUUUCAGAAACACUUUGUACAGACUAUUGUAUAUCACUUUAUACUAUACAAAAAACUCAAAAUAUAAAAACAAAAUAAACGGAUUUAAAAAUUGUUUAAAAACAUGUGCGCUAGGUUGUCUGUUAAUUGUGUGGCGAGUAUCAUGCGAUUGGCUUGUGCAUUUCACUAAGUAACAGGUAUUAAUUGUACUGCUUAUUUAGUGCUUGUGUACUUGAGAGUUUAGGAACUGGUUGAUAAGUUUCUGGAGAUGAGGUUGGAUUGUGAAAUGUUUGGUUUAUGUAUUAAACCUUUGGAAGUGUAGAGGUGUCUUAGGCGAGCUAAAAGGCUUGUUGAGAAGCAAGUGCAUUCCACACAAAGACUGAUUCUGCAGAGUUGUAGCGGAUGUGUGGAGGAAUGAAAGUCGAAGCUGCAAAUGACUUCAGUCUCGCAUGCUGUCAAAGUGGUAUCUGCAAGAAUAAAGUCAAUCCGGCCUGUUACCGAUGUGGUAUCUGCAAGAAUGAAGUCAGUCUUGCUUGUUACCAGAGUGACCUCAGUCUUGCAUGUUAUCUCAGUGGUAUCUGCAUGAGUGAAGUUAGUCUUGCAUGCUACUAAGAUGGUAUCUGCAACCAUGAAUUCUGUCUUGCAUGAUAUCAAGGUGGUAUCUGCAACCAUGAAUUCUGUCUUGCAUGAUAUCAAGGUGGUAUCUGCAACAAUGAAUUCUGUCUUGCAUGAUAUCAAGGUGGUAUCUGCAAUAAUGAAUUCUGUCUUGCAUGAUAUCAAGGUGGUAUCUUCAAAUGACGUGAAUCAUGCAUGAUAUCAGGGUGGUAUAAACAAGAAUGAUGUAUUUCUUGCAUGACAUCAAGAUGAUGUCUUAAAUCGGGAAAAUAUCAAGUUGGUGACUGCAGGUGCAAGUCAGGUUAUGAGAAGAGUAUAGAUAGUUUUGGCCUAAAGAUAUUAAGGCUUGGUGAAAGUAGUAGUUAACAGUACUUCACAAGAUGGGUGUUGGAGUUUUUCACUGUUUUGACAAACAGAUAAGAAUUGAUCAGUGAUUUUGAUAAAUCGUGGUUGAUGACAGAUCAGAUGAAUUGACUAAUGAAUAUUUUAAUUGAAAACGAAUGAGAUAUAUGCGAAAGAUUUAAUGGUUUUAUGAUUUGGAUUGAGUUUUGAUCAGAAAUGAGAUUUACCCACUAAUUUAUUGAGUCACAGUUAUUAAGAAUUUUCUUUUGCCAUGGGGAGAGGGAUCUCUGUGGGGCCAUUAAAAAGUCAGUCACUUUCAAUUAAAAGUAGGUUUCAUAUUUGCACAGGUUUCUUUUUUUCUUGGUCAUUCACCCAAUGACCGGUUCAGUUCUUGUAUCUCAAAUCUUUCACAGAAUAUUUAUUUCAUCCUGAACUGAACCAAGCACCUGGUGCACACUUAAUUACUUCAUGUCUGUUUCGUUCAGUUCAGGUUGAAAUACAGUUUGCUUUAUAAUAUCUUCCAAGAUUCAGUGCUUCUUGGAUUGUCUAUGUUGUCCCACCAAGGCACUGCGAGAGAAAUAAAGAUAAUUUCAUUCAUUCUAGCUACACUUUCUCCUUGAUGCAAUUCUACAGUUUCCAUUUAAGGAAAGUUCUGUUGGUACAGGUGGCCUGAGAGAAUGUGUGAGGUGCGUCACUUCCCAAAUCUUCCAUUCUUCUCGUGUUCCAAAAGCUUGGCAGUCGUUUGACUUAUGCCUGGUUACGUAACGGCAUUAAAAACUACUGGUUAUCAGUAAAUCUAAAUAUUGUAGCACAGCACAGUGAGUAGUAUUACAAUCAUCCUCUUCCAUGACUUCAAUUAUGACCACCUCUGCGAUGGAGGUAGUUCUACAAACUUCUCCAGAGUAAUCAUUCUCACGGCAUGCCAUCAACAGGUCAUGAAAUUAUGAGUGGUGUCGACUCAUUUCUAUCUAAAGCUUCGUCUCCUUUCAAGUCUAUCAAUGAAAAGUAUUUCUGAUUCAUUUUCUCGCCCAGGGCUUGGUGUGCGACUGUACAGAGGUUCCGUAAGUGCAUUUAUUUGUGGUGGUACUAUAGCCCAGAGACCAGUUAACAACCAUAUUGCAUAGCCCAAUAGAAUUCAUGCAGAUUGCAUUUACAUUGAGAAGACCAUCUUGUCUCUUGUAGAUUGACAAGUUCCAGUUAAAAUCUUGGGAUUCUCAUUAGUUCUUUUGUGUCUGCUUUUCAUAUGCAAGAAAGAGACAAGUUUUUCAGAGGUCGUGGAUAGGCCAGUUGUUGUUUAUUCCAACAAUAAAUUGUUGGUUGAACAGUUGUCCUGACUCGGGCCUUUGACAAGUUCCAGUUAAAAUCUUGGGAUUCUCAUUAGUUCUUUUGUGUCUGCUUUUCAUAUGCAAGAAAGAGACAAGUUUUUCAGAGGUCGUGGAUAGGCCAGUUGUUGUCUAUUCCAACAAUAAAUUGUUGGUUGAACAGUUGUCCUGACUCGGGCCUUUGACAAUCUUUUCUGCCCCUUGCGUACUCUCCUGACGGGUUUCUUGUUAAGAACUGCUAGAAAAUGGUACGAGCUGUCUGCGGGUAAAACCGGACCAUUGCAAACAAGAAAUUUUUGUUGCAUGCAUUCAUGAUUGCAGGUCGCAGGGAUAUAAAAUCACUUGUUUGUUGGGUGCUUUAGCAGUGAGGUUGUCUUGUACUGUUUCACGUACACGUACCGUCAAAAACCAGAACUUGAUGGUUGAACUGGAGCUUUGUUAAGCGCCUACCUUACUUUUGCUCAAGAAAAAAAUAUCGAUACUCAUUUAAAAGCUCACACUACAUAAAAAUUAACUAUUUUACUGGAAGUUAUAUGGAUUUCUUUAAUAGGAACCUGGAUACGCUCAUAAGAUUUUCCAACAGAAGGUAAUUUGACUCGCGAAUUGGAAUCGACUCGUUACUAAGAUAUGUCUUGGCUCAGUAUAAGAUAUGGGCGCUGUACAUAAGAUAAAGCAGAAGGUCCACUUUGGACCUGUCCUAAAGUGGAUAUGAGUUGAAGUGAGGAUGUUUUUUUAAAAGCGUGUAUUGGUCAAUCAAUUACUGGACUGUCUGUUUACAGCGUUUUCUUGUAGAAAAGUUUUCUCAGUUUACCUUCCCUGAAACAGGAUUUUCCAGUAAUUGAAUUGAUUACUUCCAACUGGUAAUAUAUGCAUCAUCAACGAGUCCAAAACUAUUGAAUCCUGAACACAUAUUGUUGUUACAUAAUGGCUUACAAUGUUUCCAUCCAAAAUGUCUGCCAUUUUAGAUAUCGGUAAGGUAAGGUGUUACAAUUUUAGCCCCGGUUCAUUUUAGCCUUUGUGUGCAUUACUGUGGCCUGCCUGCUGUUUUCUACACUGCAGGUGCUAUAAUUGUACUGGUCCUUUAAUUGUACAACUUUGCCUUAUAUUAUGUUGUUUUACCCUUUUUUGGUCGAAACUGAUUUGGUUGUAACACACACGUUCUUUAUCAUGAGGCAUUUUCAAAUUUCAGUGGGCCUGUAGCAACCUUCAUUGUGGUCUCCCCAGCAGUUUAAAUUUUCUGCAUCAAGUUGCAGUGCAUCGGUGUCCUGCACCGUAGGGUUGAGGGGGGGGGUUGAUAAAUGCUGAUUUUGUGCCGUACAUGUCAUAUUGCUUACCAUUCAUGCACACCAUAUUUAUAAAGCACACUUUUCGAUCUUUUUUGGUCCAUUUAAAGGAUCUUUGACAAAAUACUAAAUGUUCAAAGCGAUGGGUUUUUAAUAAUGUCUGAAUUGAAAUGUCUGAUGUUUGGGGAUAAUAUCCGUUCACUGUUCGAGUUCACCUUGCACACUGUAUCAAUUUGACAUGUACACGAUUAAAUCAAUAUGUUUGGAUGAUGGCAUUUUAAAGUGAAUAAAAGUCACCUUCUAGAUAAUUUUCAGUCCAAAAUAGGUUUCCAAUGCCAUAAAUGUGGAUUACUGCAUCCACUCAAAAAUAUUAACUUUUCAUCAAGAUCGAAUUGGAUUUUCUCCCAGACUCAAUUUGUCGGAGUAUUAUUUGCAAGUGUUACAGUGGCCCACCAUAAUAUCACAAGUAUUAGAAAACAAAUUUACUUGGUAAAACUCUAUACGCUACUAGUUUGUAUAAUGUCUAUGCAUAGCAUACCACUGUUAGUUAUUAUCACCAGGCUAAUUAUAUAUAUAUUUUUCGUAUUAUUCUAUAGAGACUAGCCGAAAAUUGGAUGGAAUAUUUUAACGAAAAAUUAAAGAAUUAUAUGGAAAAAAUCUUGAUAUGAAUCAAGAUAAUCGGGAGUUAUUGAGAAGUCUGAUGGUGGACCUAUAUGAAAUGAUAUCAAUUUUUAUACUACAGAUUUUUGACACUUUAUCAUUCAUACUUAUAAUUGUUGAGCUGUUUCUUUUUGUUGAGUAUGUUUUUUCGAUAGAGUUAUAUAUGCGUAAAGUGGAAAGAAAGUGUCAGUCUUGAUUGACUAUAACGGCUGGUUGGAUGGUGGUUAGACUUUUAACAGUAUUUUAGGAGAAUGUUUAUUAGAGUUAUUUUUGUUAAGGGGAUUUUUACAUUUGCAUGCCUUUAUUGACUCAACAAGAAGAUUAUGAACAGAUAAGUGAGUUCAUUCUUAAAUAUGACUGUUGAAAAAUACAAAAUAAACCAUUGAUAUCAAGCACAUGGUCAUCCUGUGUGUUGACAUGACUUCAAACACUUCUGACUUAAGUUCUGAAGGUAAGAUCUAUACGUUAGGUUGCAGAUUUUGACAUUCAUAACAUUCUUGUUGGGUGAAAAAAAAUCAAGGUGUUACUCCUCCUUUGAAAACCUUGGAAGACCAGCUGGUACCAUCUAUUUCACCCUAACUAGAGCUGUGCCAAUUGCACACUGCUGUAUACAGUUGGCUCCAGUUCAAGUGGGAAUCUAAAGACUUGGACUACAGAUGUGACAGGGAAGAGGGUGUUGGGUGUAAUGUUUCUCUUGUGGCAGUGACUGUUUGAAUUCUUUAACAAACUCACCAACUUUGAAAAACUGUGUCCUGCUGAUGCAGUCGUUCCACCUUUGAUGGAAUCGGGGUCAUUUCUGACACUUCUACACGUAGGUGUGUGGACCUCUCUUCUUGAAGAAUGUGCUGUAUUAAAAAACUUUCAUUUUGAGGAGAGUGUUGCCUGCUUGAUUGGUGGGUUAUUUAUGUGAGAGGAAUUAUUCCAUUGUAUUAAAAUCUGCACAUUCCUGGAUGCAGAACUUAUUACUGCAUUCUCUUGGAUGCAGGGGGGGUGGGGGGCUGGGGCUUUCUUGGGAUAUGUUAAUGUUCUUGUAUUAAAAUCUGCAUAGUCCUGGAUGCAGAGCGUAUUACUGCAUCCUCCAGCAUGCAGGGGGGGGGGGGGGGUUCUGCAUCUUUCUAAGUGCAUUGGGAAAGCUUUAUACCUCAUUUAUUUCAUUCUUCCAUUUUGUUCUGAAUGGUCAGUGAUGUUGUCAUGUUUUCUUUUUCACCCUUUAGUAUUGUGUUGUUACAUGUAUCUGUGCAAUGUAGCAGAGAUUGUUCCUGAAGUGAGAAGAUUAAUCAGAAUUUGGACAAAGUUUAAUAACUCCACGUUUUUCAGUCUCUGACAUUAAAACAAACCCGAGCCCAUCAAGAGGGACCUCGAAAUCCAGUUGGCUUGAGGUUAUAUUUUACCAUAUUCAUUUUCAUUUUCGAAAUCAGCCAAACUUUUAUGAUGAUAACUGAAAUUAGAAGGGUUUUUUUAACACCUCACCUAAGACAAAGAGUCAUUCAGGAGAUGGACAGGAUCAAUUUCUGUCUAAAAAUUCAAUAGGUGAAAUUUAAAAAAGACAACUCAGUUGACCUUGGGACUAUUGUUAUAGCCAUUAUGGACCUCAUUCUUCUACGUUUACAGAUGUAGUCGUUUUAUCAAUGUUGUAUUGUAAUCACGUUCGUGUUGUGUAGAUGUUUUUAUUUCUUCAUGUUUAUAAACAUGAUGAAUCGGUAUAACCCUCCAUCCAUCCAGCCGCUCCGUCGGGGAAAACUAGGUCAUUUACUUUAAAAUAUAUUUUUCUAGCAUGUUGAUUACUGUAUUCUAUAAUGAAAUGUAGCUUAGGGAAACCUCCAGAUAUUUAGGUUUUGAUGUGUAACAUGUGGUUCACUUUGGGACUUCUUAUUCAGCGCAUAAAUGGUAUAAAAGAUUUGGAAAAACUUUCAGUGGUAAAACUCAGUUGGCUGAGUAUCGAAAUAGUUUUGGUGAAAACUUUGGUGUAGCACAAACUACGGUGUUGAGAGCAGAACUUAGUACAAAAAUGCACCAACUGCUCUGUUGAAACACCAUUUUCUCCUUUUGUUCAAGCCUUUUCUCUAGUCACUUGAGGUCAUUUAGAAAAGUUGAGAAAAGGUCCAGUUAUGAACUGGACCUUGGCUUGGACACGACAUGGACAUAAUGUUAUUAAAGAAACUGAAAUAUUAACCAUAACUCGUGAGAAAAACAGAUGAAUUCCUUUUAAUCACAAACAUCACUGUGCUGAUUACAUCUUCUAUUUAUUCCUGUAAACCACCCUAAUGACAUUUCAUCAAACAAAUCAUCCUCUAUGCAAACUAUUUCGGAGUUCCAAGUGAAUCAUACUGUUGCAUAUUUUAUUUCAGUGCAGAUCUUUUGACCUCCAGAUUCAGUUUUCUUGGAUAGGCAUGUUCUUCUGAAAAAAGAUAACAAUUAAAAGCUAGAAUUUUUUUAAUAUUCCAAAAAAUGAAGGGUGAUUUUGAUACCUAUCCUCUACCUUUCGCUGCCUAUGUAUUCUAUUUUUCAAAAUGGGUGAGCAAAAUUUUACUGAACCUGUGCUUAUUACUAAAAAUUAAUUAUUUUAGAAUUCCCCUUCUGAGCAAUUUUAUUUUAUUACCAUGCAGACUCUGUAUGCCUGCUCGUUGGGGGAAUUUUCAGAUAUGCCACUGGUAUGCGCCCCCAUUUUCAACAUGAACCUGGAGUUUAAAAAGUUGUUUAACCUGCUAGAGGUUAGUAGUGUGGUGUGGGUUAGUCCUUCCUGCAUAUUGUAUUUUGCAUUCAUGAAUUAUUCAUUUCAGGCCAUGUGUGUUUAGUUCUAAGGUUUCGUCCAUGUAAGUCCAAUCCUGGGGAAAAAGUUCAAAUUAAUGCACCAAAAGUGAUUCCAAGGUGAGGUAUAGGAUGUUUAUGAAAUAUUUGUAUUUUUGGGAAAAACUUGUUGAAGCAAAUUGAAGGGCAUCAAAAUAAUGCCAGAAUUGCUAUUAUUUAGGUUGGAUGUACCAUUACACGCACUGAAGUCUCGUACUUGGCCUAUACUUCUAGAGGAGAAAAACCCUGAAAGUAGUACUGAGGAUUGAUGAUAAUUUUGUAGGUGAAACAUAUGAUUAGAUACACUUGGCCUGACUGUUGGUGAGUUUAUUUUAGCAAUGAGUAGUAUUUUGAGUACAGAGGCUUGAAGAUCUCGGAUGGCUUCCAUUGUUUACAACCCUGCUGUGUCUGUAAUACAUAGUGCUUUAUCCUCCUCAUUAUAAUAUCAGCGAAGGCCAACGGACAUCUAGUAUGGGUAUUCCAGAUUGAUUAAAGGGAGGAAGGAGUAACUGGAGGUAUUGCUGUGCCAACAUUAUUGUCUCGUUCAGAGUCGCUAUAAAUAUGAAUGCACAAAUGAACUCAAACUAUUCAUGGUACAUUUGCGCACUUUUCUGUUGCAUCUCAUAGCCACCCUCUGAACCCUGGACCUACUUUGGUGCCGUCCAUCACAACCUCCUGCUACAACUCCUAGCCCUGUUUUAAUAGUCUGGGGCUGCUUUGAAAUGGUCUCAGACGCUGUGUAAUUUCACUCAAACAUGGAAGGGUGACAUGUCAGACAGCUCAUCGUAAGCUUUCCGAUGAAUUGUCAAGUCAGUUAAUUUUGACAGUUCUUUGCUGCGAUUUAGGCAAGAAAAUCCACCAUCAGUCCCAUCGGUGUUGGCAAUUUGGAUGAUUCCUCUGCUGAUAUUGUAAUGAAGGUCUUGUUUCUGAGGAAUGACAUGUACACAUUUAGAUCCUUGGCAUCUCGAUGACUUUUUAUCCAGUUUGCAGCAAGUGUUAAACUCCACUAACCUAGUUUUAAUUGUUUGCUAUUGGGGCAAUGUCCUUCUCAAAAUCACCGAAUUUCCAUCUUUUGGCUUUUUGAGAGAGAACAUGUCCCCCCCUCCCUCCCCGCUCCCCCUCCCUCUGUAGGAAAGAUUGCUGAAUGAAAACAAAAUAUCUCUCAGAUUAUAGACGCACCUGAAUCUUGAGAUGAUAUGAAACAGAAGGUUCUUGAUUUUGGAGAUGUUCUUUUGACAUCUGCAGAGCCAAGAGCAACUUGGGGAGAGAGGAAAUGGUAUUAACAAGGCGGGAAUAAAUUAACAAAACCUCUGCUUCAAUCAUUUUCACUAAGGCGAAUCUGAUUAUUCUGAGUAAGUUUAUAACAAGACUAAACAUUUUCACCAAUUUUCAAACUGCAGUUUAAGUAAUCUGAAUGUGUACACAUCUGAUUUAGCAUUAUGUAAUGCAGUAUCAUGGUAGUAUGGUUUUGGUGUUAGAGGACUUUUAUAACAACAAAUAUAAUAUUGUAUUCCAGUUUACAUGUCAAUAGUUAUUAAGAAAAUGUCGUAUUGAUGGGCUUGAGUACCCAGACUGUUUCCACCUCAGUUUUCCCCGUAGGUCAUCGAGAUUUACAAUUUUAAAGUUACUCACUCCUUGUUGCACUAUGUAUAUUGCAUUGUUUAUUUAUUUGUGUAUUUAACUUCGUCCUUAAAAUUAUAAUAUAUUCCUUUAAUAAUUCAAAAAAAUAAAAACGACCACCAAAAAUUGUAGUGGUUUCAUUUUACGAUGAAGCAAUGUGAGUGUUUUGUCAGGAACAUGUGUAGUUCUUGUCUUUAGAAUAAAGUCUUCUAUGGAAAAUGAA